UGCAAUGAUUUAGAGGGAAAUCCGGAAGAGUAUAAAUCAGGCAAAGAUUGUAGAGCAGCUUUAUGGCGAUCGUCUUGUGAAGAGGUCUGUGGAAAAUUCCCGUCCAGAAUUCCCUCAAUGUGUUGAACUACCGAAACGCAAAGGUCACCCAGUGACCGACGGACCAUUUCGCAAUCAUUCGCGUUCAAGCCGUCAUGUUUCGUAGUGAAAGUCGUGCCAUGGUCUUGUGUUGUACUUUGCGUUGUUGCAUGUCGACGUAACAGUAUUUCUUGUAUAUGAAGUAUUUUACAAUAUUAAUAUUCGUUGCCGUCUCCGAGAGACAUGGGAAAUGGAAUGAACAAGGUUGUGGAUGGUCUCUACCUAGGCAAUAUUAGAGACUCCGAGAACAGAAUCAGUUUGUCCCAGAACAACAUCACCCACAUCCUCUCUGUAUACAACAAUGCCAAGCCCGUGCUGGAGGAUAUUAGUUACCUGUGCAUCCAUGCAGCUGAUGCAUCUAGCCAGAACCUAUCGCAGCAUUUCAAAGAGUGCAUCAGCUUCAUUCAUGAAUGUCGUCUAAAUGGAGGGGCCUGUCUUGUGCACUGUCUGGCGGGGGUGUCCCGGAGUACUACGCUUGUGGUGGCCUACCUCAUGACCGUCACCUCCUACAGCUGGGAGGAGUGUCUGUCAGCUGUCAAGGCGGUGCGUUCCUUUGUAGGCCCAAACUAUGGCUUCCAACAACAACUACAGGAGUACCAGAUGACUCAAGUCAAAGAGUACCGGGCAUGGCUGAGGACAAGUUUCCGGCCUAAUCCUUUUAAGGACCAGGAGCAGGUGGGAGCCCUGCUGAGCAUGUAUACAGAGCAGCAGCAGCGGGAGAACCAGAGGAGAGGAGAGAACCGGGACUGGAUGAACCAGGCCGGCAUAUACCCUCUCCCCUACGAUGCCUACAAUGGCUCUGGGGGUAACAGAUGAGCUCCAGCCUGCCUGGAGACUGGAGACAGACCCAGUUCUAAAAUAACCCCUAAGCACUUACUGCCAGGGUUUUUUCUUGACCAAGACACUUUCCUGAACUCAGUUCUUAGCAAAAUGGUUAUAGCUCCUGCUUGCCCUCUGACAGACUGUGGAAUGUUCACCCAGUACCUAUUUAGUACCUGCAGGUUUAUAUGGGGUUGGGGUCUUUUGGGGCAUUGGCUAACAGACUCUCUCAUCACUGUACUAGCACCCAGGGCCCCUAUUGGCUAACAGCCUCUCUCAUCGCUGCACUAGCUACCAGGAUCCCUAUCAGCUAACAGACUCUCUCAUUAAAGCACUUGCUCCCAGGGCCCCUAUUGGCUAACAGACGUUCUCAUCACUGUGCUAGCUGACAUGUCUUUUGCCAUCUUUGCCACUAACUGAACUGACAUGAGUGCUGCCUACUCAGGAGCUCUUAUGCACACACCUCAACACCUUGACCUUUACCGUCACACACUACUGGGAGGCUUAGACUGUCCUAUCUUGCAACCUCACCUCAACCUAUUUCUACACCCAACAGGUCAUAAUUUAAAAACAGUUUAGAAUUUUCUAUGUUGUGUGAUCGUGUCUUAACUAGAGAAAUAAAAAUCUGCCUGAAGUUUAUAACAUGGACCUGGUCAGGAAAAACUCCUAGCCCCAAAGUUAUAUGUGUCAGUGUUAUUCAAAUGUUUAUCAAGGUACCAUGAUUAAUAGCUCCUGUUAGAUUGAGGGUCUAGUAUUGAGGAUUGAUGACGCAUGAAUGAACAUAACAUGCUUUCUGCCCUGAUUUUAGCUGAUCCAGCUACUGUAUACCUGCAUGUGAUAAAGCUUUAAAUAACAGCAGCUUUGCCAUAGCAAAUUACUGCCUCAAUCUGGCCAGUCAAAUGAAUUAUCUUUACAACCUAAACCCGUAGGGGCUGUUCCAAAAAUGUUCUGUAACUGUUCUAUGAUACUUGAGUUGAUUUCUCAUCAAUUUAACUGAAACAAAUUUGUUGAUUUAAUUUUUAGGGCAUCUUUAAUAUUUUUUGGUAGAAAAUGUUGUAUCAUUGUGUAUCUGCUUUUAUAAAAUUACAAUUUACACUUUCAUUGUUUGCAAUAAAAUAUCUGCUAAUAAAUAGUAUUUAUAAAGGCACAGCAGCAAAUUGUUAAUGAAACCGAAACAACCUUUAAACAGUAUACCACAAACAUAUGUGUUAACAAUGCCUGAAAAUAUAUAAUUAAAUCAUUACAAAAUGAA